GGAUAAGCCGCCAGUAACAGAGGUUGCGAUGGUGCUGCAGUUGAUUCUACGAUACUUAGCCAACAACGAGCAGCUAAUCCAACGUUUGGCCGACUCGUACCCUCUGCGCAGAGCGGCCCAGAUGGUGCUGAGCGCGUACUAUCGCACCCGUUCCGUUGCCGAACAGCAGAAGCUCGUUGGCAUGACGCCGGAACGAUUGCAGCAGGCGCUACGCAGUUUCAAGUCGAACGUGCAGAAAGAGAUCGAAAAUGCGAAGAAUGAUUUGGCCAAAAAGAAGUGAAAGAUGUUUUGCGGAUGUGUUCGAGAGUGCUCGGGGCGUGUGUGUAGUUGUGUAAACUGUGCCGUGCUUCAAUGUAAUUAAAAUUUAUUUGUAUUUUUGAAAAUGUA